AUGUCUUAUGGUUACCAACAAGGACCACCUGGACCACCUCCUGGAGGUCAAUAUGGUGGGGGAUAUAGUGGGGGGUAUGGCGGAGGAGGGUAUGGUGGGCCAGGAGGAUACGGAGGACCGCCUCCAGGAGGAGGAGGAUUCGCUGCUCCCCGUGGACCACCAGGACCUCCUGCAGGUGCUGAUCCUCAGUUAUGGAGUUGGUUCACAGCUGUGGAUGUAGACAACUCAGGAGCUAUUACAGCAGACGAAUUACAAAGAGCACUCAUUAAUGGCGAUUGGACGCCAUUCGACCUCGAUACUGUCAAGUACUUGAUGGCGAUCUUUGACGUGGAUCGCAGUGGGACGAUAGGUUUUAAUGAGUUCUCAGGACUCUGGAAAUAUAUCAAGGACUGGCAAAAUGUUUUCAGACACUUUGAUCGGGAUCGAUCUGGCUCUAUCGAGGGUAACGAAUUGCAACAGGCCCUCACUCAGUUCGGCUACAAUAUAAGUCCCCAAUUGCUUGACCUUGUAGUGAAGAAAUAUGCCAGCAACACAGGCAAUCAUCAUGCUGGUGGAAUCUCUUUCGACCGAUUCGUUCGCGCUUGUGUUGGGAUUAAGCAAAUCGGUGAAACCUUCGGAAGACUGGACACAGACCGGGAUGGAUGGAUUCAAAUCAACUAUGACGGUUUCAUGCAAGCUGUACUCAGUCUUCCUUGA